GCAUCUACUAGAAUUUCUACCAACCCGCGAUGAUCGCUUUGCCGCGGCUGCUUGUUUUGACUGUGGUGACCUCAGCUUGUUGGGCUAAGCUGUGCUGCGAUCAGGAAUGCAAAAAGCCUGUGUCUUAUGGAAGAACUAAAGAUCGCUAUAUCACACAGGAGGCAGGCCACUUGUCAUUUCCCAAUGCUGCUAUUGUGACAAUACUCAUCAAACAAGCUGAAUUUGAUAGUUCAGGGCAAGAACUUUGGUUUGCUGAGAUACAAGGAAGAAAGGGAUUGGUUCCUGCACAAGUUGUGACCGAGCUGCACACUUUAUGUGAGCCAAAGGAGUUAUCUGAUGAUCAUCUGGAUGGUCACGGGAACACGUUACACUAUUCUCCCCCCCCUCCUCCUUCUCACACACCAUAUGAUGCAAGUCCUCCCCACAUCCAUCAAUCAGGUGAGCCUGACUCUCAGACGGAUGUUGUCCUGGAGCAGAAACAAGGACCAUCUAGAAAUAACCCAGUUGAUCAAGAUAGAGAACAGUUGCAAACUUACAGUGAGCAUGACGAUCUCGAUUAUGGUAGCCCGGAGGAAGAGCCUAACAACCAGGAGUUGAAGGAAGAAAAAAGGAAUUUCAAUGAAGAUUAUAUGUCUAAUGAAAACCAGAUAACUCAAAAUGGUGACCUUGACAGCAGUGACAAUGACCAAUAUGGUGUUGAGUAUAAUGAACAUCUACGUGAUGAAUGGACAAGUUACUCUGUGUAUCAUGACUCUUAUGACAGGCAGCAAAUAGAAACUCAUGACCAACCCAGUCAAACAAUGGAAGCAAUCUCUGCUCCAUCUAGUACUUUGGCACCUGAGUCUAUUUCUGGAACUGGUGAGUCACCAAACUCUGAGUCUCUUCUACCACCCCAGGAUAUUGAUAGUGGUGAGCGCAACUUUGACCAAACGCCUAGUUCUGAAUUAGGAGAGUCUUCUCAGGCACCAUUGGAUAAAGAUGUUUUCAAUCAGGAAGAACAGAAUCAACCAGAAAGUAAUAGUGCAGAUAAGGAAAAAUUUGGUGUGCCACCAUCUUUCAAUUUUCAAACCCUUGAUGAAACUACUGCAAGUGAGGUGUACAGUGCUGGGUCAUCAAGUAAUGGUAUUGCUGAUUAUGAAACACCUUCUGCCAAAGGUGUCCCUGAUGAAGCAAGUUCUGAACAUUUUGAUGCAAAGAAAGUUAUACCUUCAUAUACUAGUUAUGAAACAUGGAGCACAGGUGGAGUUGAGAGUGUUAUAGAACAUACUCUUACUCAAGACUCUCCUUUUCAUACCCCUACCUCUUCUUAUGAAAGUCACCCAGGAGGCGAAGAACCAAUACUUGUCAAUCUCAGAAACGGUGAGAGUGUACGUGUUGUGCCUCUAGGUGGUGGAAAUUUCCAAAUUAAGGCAGAAGAUGGGUCGGUAAGGCUAGUAGACUACGAUUACUUCGACGAUCAAGGUGUGGAGUUUGACUUUUAUGACCGAUAUGCAGAUGCUGGACCUGAUACUGAACGGGAAGUGAUGGAGAUUGAAGAGAAUUCCCCACCUAAGCAAAUUCUCCCUGAAAACGAAGUACCCAUCUAUACAGAGGUAAAUGAAGGUUAUCCUGCCUAUGAUAAGGAACUACUUCCUAGUCAUGAGGCUGAAGAUAUGCCUGGAUACACCCCUUCUCCAACUAAAACUGGUGAGAACCAUCGACAUCACAGCUACCUGGAUGUCCACUCUUUGCAACAGAGAUACAAACAAACAAAUACUUUCGAAGAAGACGAUACUAAUAACAUGAAGGAAGUAAUAUCGGAAAUUUUGAAUGAACAAACCUCUGCUAAUAUAAAGUUUACCUCAACUGAAGAUGCUCAGCUUCGCAAAACUGAAAAUUUGCAAGUGUUGAACACUCCAUUGGCAUCAAGGGACACUGAACAAGGCAGGGUUGGUGAAACUAAUAAACAGACUUUUGAGGAUACCACUCUUUUGCCCCUGCCAGAUAUUGAACGGCGUACACAACCUGUUAGCACUUCAGAAGAACCAGAGGUUAAAGUGCAUCCACAACCCACUUCUCAACUUUUUCCAGACGAUGACCUUGAAGAUGAUCUUAAAGCUACUCAUCUCCCGUUACCCGAUGUGGAACAAGUAAGCCAGCAACAUGAAUCGACCAGGGGGCAGCAACAACUUCCGUCCCUUGAACAUCUGCCUCCUGAAAAUCGCAAGACCACCUCCACACCUAUCCACACUAAUGUGAAAUCUCAGGAGGAGUCAGACCCUCAGAUGCCAGUUAUUAACAUAGUGGCUCAGUUCUCUCCACAACUUGCUGCAUGGAUUAACGAUCAGGGACCUGAAUUUGGGAUCAUUGGUGUCAUUGCUUCUGCUCUUUGUCUUAUAUUACCCCUGUGCUGCUCUUGUUGCCACUAUUGGAAAGACAGUCGAAGAAAGACUCUGACACUCUCAAAAUACACAGCAUCUCGCAAGGGACUUGAAGAGCAGAUUGAGAAACUAAAAGCAGAGAAAAAAUCCCUGAAUGUAGAGCGUCUUCUCUCAGAGGAGAGGUUUGAAAGUUUACAGAAUGAACUGGAGCACAUGAAAUAUGACAACCAGACAUUAACUGAGGCUAAAGUUGAUAUAGAGGAAAACUAUGGGAAUGUGUGUGCUGAAUUGCAUACUUUAAAACAAGAAUUGAGUGCUUGUACAGUGCAGGUCAACCAAAUACAGUCUGAGCUCAAGCAUGAACGAUUACAGAUGUGUGCUCAAACCAGUGAGAAGGAAGUUGCACUUCAACAGAUAGCUCUUCUACAAAAUGAAAUGAGACUGUACGAUCAAAAAGUCCAGGAGCUUGAAGCUGCUAAAGAACAACUUGAGCAGGACUCCUACUCGACACAUAAUCGUUUUCAGGAGCUUGAAGAACUGCACAAACAGGUGACAGAGGAAUUGGCAGGCUCUAAGUCUGAAAAUGCGGAGCUAAACUCCAGACUACAGGCUCUGCAGGUAGAGGUAUCUUCUUUGCAGCAAACCAGAAAUGAUAAUAAUCAGGAGAUACAGACUCUUAAGGACUGUCUCGAUCAGUUGGUAGUGUCUACAGGCAGUCAUGAACAACAGGAAAUGACUGAUGGUCAGACGCAGAAUGUGAACUCAACUGGUACACUGCUUAAGAUUCAAGCAAUGCUAGAUACAACAAAGGUGCAAGCUGAAUUACAAGCAGUAACAGUGGAAAGAGACAAUAAUAUUGCUGCUCUGGAGGAACAAAGUAGACUAGUGAAGAAAUUACAAGAGGAAAACACAAAUCUUCUUGAGCAUUCUAAUGAAAUUGAAGCUCAACUCAGUGUAUGUACAGCUGACCUUCAAAAGCUUCAGGAGAAGCACAAAACAUUGACUGAGUAUUUUGAGCAAAAGGAGCACAAUCUUCAUCGGAUGUUAGGUGCAGAGGAGGCCGUGAGACAAGCAGUAGAGUCAAGGGAAGCCCAGGUGAAGGAGAAGGCACAAAGCCUUGAACAAGCAGAGACUAGGCACAGGGAAGAACUGAAACAGUUACGCAGUGAAAUGUUUGAGAUAGAAAAAAGUCUAAUGUCUCAGGUCCACACUUGUCAAAAAAGAGCCGAGGAUGCAAUUGCUGAGCAGAGGAGAUUAGAACAGGAAUGCAAGGCAUUGAAGAUGGAGAGAGAUGACCUACGUAAACGCAUGACUGUGAAAUCCGUAUCUCCUGUAGGUGGAGCAUCAGACCGGCAACACUCUCUCAUUGCACGGCCGCCUUCUGCACCAUACCUCCCCCGUACCUCUUCUCCUGGUGUGGGUGAUACAGGAAAUUAUAUGACCUCACUGUUGAACCAAACUGACCCAGGCCCACUGCCCAGCACCCGGCCUCAGCCUAUCUUCCCAAUCACUGGACGCCCGGAACCUUCUCCAUUUUUUCCUCCUCCUGAUCAAAGAGGACAUUUUCCCCCCUCACAGCCUCCAUUGCAGCACCCUAUUCCAGAACGUGAGAGACCACGUUAUCCCCUCCCUCCUCCUCCCGGCCGCAGAUUGAUAAGAGGCUAUCCACCACCAUUUGAACGUCGUCCUCCUAGACCUGGAGUAUAUGGACCUGGUCCUCGGUUUUAUCACGAUGCUAGAGAUAGAGUUCCAGAGAGAAGGCGGCCUGUGUCCAACCCACCUCCAGGUGCUACACCAACUCCACCUGUAGGAGUGUAUGAUCCUCAUACUUCACGCAAUAUGCAUGAUAGCUCCACCGGAUUUGUUCCUGUUGCUCCAGCUGUCCCUGAGACGACAUUUCAGACUGAUAAUGUGCUUAACCCUGUAGGAGAACAAGUGCCUCUCCAAAGACCAGAAAGCAGGAAGUUCUGAUCAUGGAAACUAUUUAUACGAAAGUAGAUGAGUAAUAGUUGCUAGACUGUACAAGACACACCUUAAUUCAUGGUGUACAUAUUUCAUUUUUGCUUUGAUUAGGUGUCAAUGUGUUUACAAUUACAUUUU